CAUUAUAUAUCCUAUGUAUUAUAGAAUACUAUUUUGUAUAUUAAACGAGUAUAAAUUAUAUAUUGUUAUACAUAUAACAAAGUUCCAACUCAUCGUCGCAAUGCAGCCGCUGCCGUGGCUGCUGCUCGCCGCUGCCGUCGUCGGCCUGGAAGGAUGCGCGCGACAGGCCGACGUGUCGACCCCCGCCCCGCCCCCCGUCGUGGAAGAGGUGCUGACGGCUGACGUUGCUGGGCGUCAGGAGAACGCCUGGUCGUCAGGGGCGCGCAUAGACUGGGGCCACGUGGCUCCCGGCGGAAGCAACAGUGCCAGCAAUCGUGGCACCACCAGCAUCACUACUAGUGGCAGUAGUGGAAACAGUGGCAGUAGAGGCACUAGUGGCAGUGGUGGCACUAGUGGCAGUGGUGGCAAUAGUGGCAGUGUUAGUGGCAUUACCCCGCAACCGGUGUCACGCAGUGAGCUCCGUGACCUCUCCGAAGAGCUCUUCAGGCUCGACGUGAACGCCGUGGGCAGCUUGGUGACUUUGGCUCCUCAGGGGCGGACCUCCUCAGCCAGCGACGUCGAUAACGCCCCUAACAAACUGUUUGCAAGCGUGUCCCCCCGGGCGUUCUCUGGUCCCACGUACGAGCGUCUGUUGGCGCUGCUGGACCACUACGAGGCGACCGUCACUGUCGCUGAGAGGGACACGCCUCAGGAGCGACAGGAACAGAACGCCUUCCUAGACGCCAUCAUGAGCACCAGCAUCAUGGCCAGGACACAGGACUUCCUCAGGGCUAAAGGCUUUAUCAGCGGUUCGCUGAAGGAUACGCUGAGGGAGAUCUGGUUCACACCGUACUCCCGCAGCCGCAGGACGGUCGGUUCAUCAGGCUUUGAACACGUCUUCGUAGGAGAGACCAAAAGCGGCGAAGUUUCCGGGUUCCACAAUUGGAUCAACUUCUACCGCCAGGAGCAGCUUGGAAAACUGGACUACUUCGGUCACAUGCGGACUGUGGACCUGGGCGAGCAGGCUGACAUUAUCCUGCUCAAGUUCAAAUGGGAGGAUGAAACGAAGCCAUUUGGUUCGAUGUUCGUUGGAACGUCACCGGAGUUGGACAUGGCGCUUUUCACCGUCUGCUUUUAUGCCCGCCCGGGGCUAAACUGCCCCAUCGAGCUGGCGGGCAAUCGCCUCAACAUAAAGACCUAUCAACAGACCUACCGCGGCCACCAGUACAUAGGCACGGCAUUCCCUAAUAUUUAGGCCUCAACAUCAAGAACUAUCAACAGACCGACCGCGGCCACCAGUACAUAGGCACGGCAUUCCCUAAUAUUUAGGCCUCAACAUCAAGAACUAUCAACAGACCGACCGCGGCCACCAGUACAUAGGCACGGCAUUCCCUAAUAUUUAGGCCUCAACAUCAAGAACUAUCAACAGACUGACCGCGGCCACCAGUACAUAGGCACGGCAUUCCCUAAUAUCUAGGCCUCAACAUAAAGACCUAUCAACAGACCUAAAGCGGCCACCAGUACAUAGGCACGGCAUUCCCUAGUAUCUAGGCCUCAACUUCAAGACCUAUCAACAGACCUACCGCGGCCACCAGUACAUAGGCACGGCAUUCCCUAAUAUCUAGGCCUCAACAUCAAGAACUACCAACAC